GCACACGCACACAAUGACACACUGAGAGCGAGUACAGGACGUUACAUACACUUUACUGUUAGUCCUGCGCGUUGGCCGUUGUGUGAGAAAAGUAAAAGUGAAAAUCAGGCCCUUGAAAUUUUGUGGAAUAUUUAUUAAUUAUGCAUGAUUAAUAACAUAUAAAUUGUGCGCGUGUCUCUUGUUUGUUUUGAAUAACGUUGGCGAUUUCUGUAGUUCGACGCGCGCGAGUGUGUCACAGGAUAUCGCGAGCACAACCUAAACCUUUUGAGCUUUGCUAUUUCUGGUGUGCUGUAAUCUAUAAUUGUGAUAUACUACAGCAUAGCACACACACAUACAGAGCUUUUCAGUGUAUACAUGUACGGACAGCCGCACACACACUACCAAACCUAACGUACAAGACGCCCCCGCUUUGCCCUUGAGCUGGCAUAGUAAGAAGCAUUCGAUUUUUCACAACAAGACGUGAGAAACGCAAAAACACACACACACACACACACACGACUGACUAAAGUUUGCGCAGCUCGCACGCGUUAUAGAAAAAAAAUAUAAAUAUACACAAAGAAAUAUACAAAAAAAACAAAACAAUUAGAUUACUAUAUAUAUACAUAGAGCAAGCAAGUGGUAGGCGUUAAUAAUGGAUGUGCUUAAUCAAAUACUCAACAUUAAUGCUGGUGGCGCCUAUGGCGGGGGCAAGGCGGGCGGCGCCUUCGAUCCGUUGACGUUUGCCAUGAAACCGCAAGUUGUCAUACGCGCCCUAUGCUGGCUCUUUUCCAUUGUGGUCUUCGGCUGCAUAUCCUCCGAGGGCUGGGUCGAAAAGGAUGGCAAGGAGAUGUGUCUCUAUAAUAACGAUGGCAUGGCCUGUAAAUAUGGCAAUACCGUUGGCAUUUUUGGCUUUCUCGCCUCCAUGUACUUCAUUGGCGGCGAGUUCAUGUUCGAGCGCAUGUCCUCGGUGAAGAGCAGAAAGCGUUACGUCAUGGGCGACAUGGGAUUCUCGGCUGCCUGGGCAUUUAUGUACUUCAUCGCGUUCUUCUACUUGUGGUCCCAAUGGAGCUCGGCACCCAUGCCCCCGCUGGGCAUUGGCGCCGGCAGCAUGAAGACGGCCAUUGUAUUCUGUUUUUUUAGCAUCUUCAGCUGGGCUCUGUGCGCCUUUAUGGCCUAUAAACGUUUUCUGAUCGGCGCCGGCGACGAGUUCACCUCGGCCUUUGAGACUGAUCCGGCCAAUGUGGUGCACCAGCAGGCAUAUAGCUACUCCAUGGACAACGACAAUGAGCAGUACAGUGCCUCGCCAUUUGGUCAGCCACAGCAGGGCAUGGAACAACAGUCGGGCAUGGAGUAUCAGCAACCCACCUACUAAGCGUAUCACUUAGCAAGUUGUGCCACUCCUCCGUUGUCGACACACACAUUUUUUUGGUAGUGCAAAUGGCAAAUACAAUUUUUACACCAACUGCAAUUAUAGUGCACAAGUUGGCUUAACCUAAUACACCGAUGUCAAGCAUAUAAGAACAACAACAACAACAACAACAACAACAACAACUACAACCACAACUACAACAACAAUGCCAUGCAUUUGCUUCAGCAAGGAAUACAGUAAGCAGCAAGCCGAUCUGCUCAGUUGAAAACCCUAUCCUUAUACAGUAUAAUAUUAAUGAUAAUAAUUUAUAAGCUAGCCCCCUAAGUUAUGUGUGCAGUUUUUGUAGUGAAAAUUUGUUGCAAUAUAUACGAGUAUGAUAUAUACACAUUAUAAACUAAAUACUAUAUAUAUGUAUAUAUACAUACAUAUAUAUACAUAUAUAAUUAUGCUUUAAACGUUGUUAGUUGUUUAGUAUAUUGUAUUAAAUUUUCUUGUGCAAGGCCCUGGCCCUCUAUGCUCAGCUCUGUUCAGUUUUGCCCUGACAGCAGGAAAUGAUGAAAAGAGAAAAACCAAAAAAUACAAAAAUGUUUUUUAGACAAAUUUACACACGCCAACAGCAAAAAUGAUUAUAGUAAUCGAUCCACACUAGUUAACUGGCAGACAUCACAAAAACUGCUCAAAACAUAUCCAUUUUACAACCAACCAAAUGACACACAAGCAUUUUACACCUAAUAACUCCUACUUCUGCUUGCUCCUAAAACAUAUUUCUUUCUAAUGCCCAACAGCUGCAGCACCUAUGGCCAGGGUCGCUUGAAUUUAGCGCAUAUAUAUAUAUAUAUAUAUGGAAACAAUAAAACACAACGCCAAAAUGUAAAAAAUCUAAAAUUGAAUUACAGCUAAUAAUUGUUAAACUCAAAAAUGCUCCCAAGAUAUGAGCAAAUGGGUUGAAAUUAAUGAGUAAUCAUACAAAAGCGUUUGACUUGAGCAAAUUAUAAUUUUGCAUAAGAUAUUAGUUUGAAAAGUGAGUCCAAACCAGCCCAAGUCUCACUUCUUCAGCUAAUAUAUUAAGAAACCAAGCUCUUGAACCGCAGUAUUCAAACACGAUUUAUACAAUAUUUAGUAUUAAUAUUAAUUGCUAUUAAAGUCAACAACAAUUUGUCGAACUUCGCUUUCGAAUCAGUUCCACAGAAAUGUAUGAAGCUUAGUCACAAAUAUGCCAUACGAAAUAUCUGGGGAAUAGCUCUGAGAGUAAAGUUCGAUAACGAUGUUGUUGAUUAACUUCACAUUCAAAAAAUUCAUUUAUUUAUAGCAAGGAAUUGCAAAAAAGAAUAAUUGGCAAAAAAA